CUUCGACGCUGCGUAUAAUUCCCGUGGCCAUCCCUUGAAUUCGACAAAUGUCCUCCACGGAAGGAGAGGCCCAGAAACUCUUCAAAGAUAUGGAGCUUGAGGCGCUUCUCAAGCAAAGAAAUCAACUAGAAGAGAUUUCUGCUGCAGAGAAGAAACGUGCCGAUUCCCUCCAAUCGGAGCUGUCUGUCAUCCAAAAUUCAUUCCAGGAACUCAAGCUAGCUCACGAAACUGCCGAAAAAGAAAAGCAUGAAGCUGAACAUCAGGUUGCAUCAUUAAAGCGUAGCAGUGCUGAACAUUUGGCGACCAUCAGCAGUCUUAAGCUGGAUCUGGCCAGAGUGAGAGAGGAGAACAUUGAUGUCAAUGGAAAACUUCGAUCGCUCGAGCUUACAAAGGUCAAACUCGAAAUCGAGAAACAAGAACAGAGUUCAGAAAAGAUGACUGCCCAGCUCAUGAGUCAAGAUCUCAAAUCUAAGCUCGAGACACUUACCGAACGAAACGCCUAUAAUCAAAAGGAGAUGUUUAAAUUAGAGCAGGAGAUGAACAUCCAGCGCGAGAGACAACGCCUGACUAUCACCCAACUCCAAGAAGAAAAUAUCAGUAUGAAGAAGGAAAGAGACAUUUUGCAAAGCCAAUUGAAAGAUCUUCGAGAAGUGGAGACCGAGCUUGGUCCCAAGUUACGGUCGUCUGAAGCAAAGCAAUGCUAACCUUAGAGCCAACACGAGCGAAUCGUCCCAGUUUGUCGAUCAUCUAAAGCAACAGGUCGAGCGCUUGGAACGCGAUUUGCAGCAUGCUAGAGAUACCAUCCAGUCAACAGAGCGACAGCUUCGUGAUGCACAACCUGCCGACCUCCAUCAAUGGCAAAAGCGAUACGACGAGUCUCAAGUCGAACUUCGCUUGCUUAAGGAGACCCAUUCCGAAACGACGACCAAACUUCGAGCGGCCAAUGAACAAGUCACUAUCC